CAGAAGCUACUCACUGUCAAAUUGUAUAUUUAUAACUUAAAGAAAAAGAAAAAAGAACCGCGUCUACCGGAUACACUAAACAAGAAGAAAGGACCAGCUUAAACUAUCUUAAAACUCUUUGCUUUUCUUAUUUUUUUUUAUUUUAUUUUAUUUUUUUUUUUACUUUUUUAAACAAGCCUAUCGGAACAAAGGCCUCGCGCUUCACACAUAACUUUGUGAUCUUGGGAGAGAGUAUUUUUCGCCGUAACUUUAUGCAUUUGGAUUUAACAUUUCUAUCCAGUCGUACUACUAUGGUCAUAAUGGAGGUUCCCACGAUCGACUGCGCGACCCUCUGUGCCUUGCUGGAGGGCGACGUCCCGGGCUGCCUGGUGCUGGACUGUCGCUCCUUUCUCUCCUUCAACUCGUCCCACAUCGCGGGCUCCACCAACGUGCGCUUCAGCACCAUCGUGCGCCGGAGGGCCAGGGGCGGGCUGGGACUGGAGCACAUCGUCCCGAACGAGGACACCCGCAGCCGGCUCCUGUCCGGGGAGUACCAGUCCGUGGUGCUGCUGGACGACCGCAGUCUGGACUUAAGCCAGGCGAAAAAGGACGGGACCCUGAUGCUGGCUGUCGCUGCCCUGUACCGGGACCGCUGUGGAGACAGGAUUUUUAUUCUCAAAGGUGGAUUUGAUACAUUCUCCUCAGAGUAUCCAGAGAUGUGUACCAAACCUUCUCUUCCUCAAGGUCUCAGUUUGCCUCUGAACUCCAGCCACCCUGGGAGUGCAGACCCAAACUGCAGUCCAUGCAAUACACCGUUAUACGACCAGGGGGGUCCAGUGGAGAUCUUGCCUUUCUUGUACCUUGGUAGUGCUUACCAUGCAUCCAGAAAAGACAUGCUGGAUAUGCUGGGGAUCACCGCUCUGAUUAAUGUCUCUGCCAACUGCCCCAACCACUUCGAGGACUCCUUCCUGUACAAGAGCAUCCCCGUGGAGGAUAACCACAAAGCCGAUAUCAGCUCGUGGUUUAAUGAGGCGAUUGAGUUUAUCGACUCAGUGAGGAAUAAAGGAGGCCGUGUGUUCGUGCACUGUCAAGCCGGUAUUUCCCGCUCCGCCACCAUCUGCCUAGCGUACCUCAUGCGGACCAACCGCGUGAAGCUGGACGAGGCCUUUGAGUUUGUCAAGCAGCGCCGCAGCAUCAUCUCCCCAAACUUCAGCUUCAUGGGUCAGCUCCUCCAGUUCGAGUCCCAGGUCCUGGCGUCGUCCACCUGUUCGUCGGAGGCGGGCAGUCCAGCCAUCGGCAACAGCAACACGGUGUUCAACUUCCCCGUCUCCAUCCCCGUGCACAGCUCGACGGGCCAGCUCUCAUUCCUCCACAGUCCCAUCACCACCUCCCCGAGCUGCUGAGGAGGCUUCGGACCUGAGGUGCAUCACUCUAAUGACUGUACUGAGCGCUUCACAAAUCACGGUCCUGACUCUUAUCCAUUCGUGGUGGUGAUGCUGGUGUCACUGGACGGAAUGGGUACUAUUGUUUGGGUCAGUUCAUUUGACCCUCCUGAUCUGCAGGCCAAACUUUACUAAUUGGCCUGGCUUUGUCAAAGGGAGAUAUGAUGAUUACCAUCAGGCAGUAUUGACGAUGAACCUCCCAAAUGUGAAAGUCAUUCACAUUUUCAACCCUAAGUGACUUGGGAAAGAGCCGAGAAUGGAAGUUAGUCUUGUGUAGAAAUUAUUAUGAAUAAUCUUUAUUCAAUGGACUGAUUUUUCUUUUUUUUUUUUUUUUUUAAUGAAGGCAACUGCUUUUGAUAAUCACAAUCAUUUUUGAGCAAACUGAAUGGAGAGGGCUAACAGUUGUCUCAGGAAUCUUCUUAAAUGUCCUUUUUUGCUUUCUGCACUGGUCAAAGAAAGCAUGUGUUGUAAAACAUGGCAUGGAAGUUACACCGUUGUCUGAAGAACAAUGAAUGUAUCCCUCUCUUCUCAGAGAGACGUGGCAGGAGUCUUCAUGUUCACUUUUUUGAGUGGAAAAGGUUGCCAGUUUCAAAAGCGAAUACCUUUCAAGAAACCAUGAAACCCUGACGAUCCUGACAGAUUGGGGAAGCCGACCAGAAAAUACCUCAUAUUUCUGUACUGUGUACCGCAGCGCUGAGUUGGACAGAACCCCCUAAAAGAACUGAUAAAUCUGGGGCCACACAGUCCUCUUUGACUGCAUUCUGACAUAUUUAUUAACUAAAGUAAUAUAUUUGUUAUAUCUAUUUUUGCAAAAUGUUUGUUUAAAUGUUGUUUUUAUACUGCUGAAUAAACCCCAUUUGUUUUUUUUAUUCGUA